GAACGAGCUGGACAUCGAAGCAACCAAUCGCAUAAAAUACUGAAUUACCAAUCAGAGACGACUGCACGAGAUACGGAGGGGAUUUCCAGUAAUUUUAAUCGUUAUCUUCACUCUCAUACAAUCCUGCUGAUAUAAUUUCAUACACAGGUGUGAGAAGCGUGUAGCUUUAUAUAAAUUAGCUGUUAACAAUGGCCACAAAAGUCAACGAUUAUGAGACAGUUUUAGAGUAUCAUCCUGAGAUGAUCCUAACGUCGGAAUCGCCUGUCACUUGGCAAGGCUUUUUAAUCAUCUCAAAGUUGUACGCUGCACGUGAGAUCCAUUGCCCGAGAGUGAAAUUGAAACUAGUUGUGCCGAAUUAUCCGUCACUUGGUAACAUGCAAAUUAGAUUCGGCAGACAAAUAGUCUUCCUACGAAACAGAGAGUUCAGUAGGAAAGUGAAACAAUUAAUGAAUGACUCGCAAACCGUAUCUUCAUUCUUAACACAAUUGCAAUUACUUAUUGGUAAAUACAUGUGCAAUAUGAAUGAUCAAGCUUUUUCAACCGAUUAUGAAUCCAUAAAUGAUUUCUUGCAAGAUUUAAAAGCAGCGCUUCAGAAUCCAUCUGGUGUGCAAUUAUCCAGUGAUCAGAGCUUGAGUGUCGUCAAGUUAUCCUUGAGAGGAGUAUCUCUUACGUUGCAAAGAUGUAACAACAUCAAACCUCCUUGGAAAGUUGUAUUUUCUGAUCUACCAAAAAUUCCAGCAUUUGAAGGGUUCGAAAAGAAUGUGACUAAUUUGACCGUCACAAUAACCAAAUUCAAAUGGGGAGUAGAGCUAUUGGAAAAAGCCUGGGAGCAACUAAAAGAAAUUGAUAGGAAUUGCUGGGUAAUCGGUCCAUUGGAACCAAAGAGAAGCCACAUGUACAGGCGCAUCCACUUGUCGCAAUCUCUAUCUGUAACGGUCACGAUAGACCCACUGAAUCCCACUGCACUGCCUGGGAUCCAGUUCUUAGGCAGUGACAACGAAGUAAAGAAGCAGAAGGAUGAUGUCUCCAAUAAUAUUCACAACUGGAAUGAGAACUGCAGCGUUUUAAAGAAUCUAAGGAUACUGUUGAACAUGUAUGAUUUUCCUGAGCAGCAACAGAGUCUCGAGGACGAGGAAGCGAUUAUCGGUAGUCGAGAGUGCGGUAUAUGCUUCUUUACAAAGUCGGACACCGACGAAUUGCCGGAUAAAAUAUGCAACAACGAGAGAUGCAUGAAGCAUUUCCAUUCAGUAUGUUUGGCGAGGUGGUUACAAACGAAAGCUGGGAAUCUAAUCGUCUUCGGAUAUAUCCACGGCACGUGUCCACACUGCAAGGAGCACAUUUCCUGUUCCAUUCGACAAUAGAGACAAUAGAUGCUGCCGAUUUGAAAUGGUACUUGAGCCAGUGAUUGAAACCCUGCAACGAGAUGCACCCUCGUCGACUCCGUUUCAUCGUCAACGAUCGCCUUUGCAACGGGAUAAAGCGCCGCUAUCCCUGAACCAAUUCCGAACAUGACGACCUGUUGAAAAC